AGGUAACCCCCUGGCCUGCCUCUCACUUAUAUAAACAAGGGCUUCAUAAAUUAGCUUCCUAUCCUUUUCUCAAACACAAAAAAAAAAUGGCUCCUUCUCUUCGUUCCUUCGCAGCUAUCUUCCUCUUUGUGAUGCUUUUCAUGGCCACCGAAAUGGGAGGCGGCGGAAUGGUGGCGGAAGGCAGGAUGUGUGAGACCGGAAGCGGCAGGUUCAAGGGGGCAUGUAUGCGUGACAGCAACUGUAGGACGGUGUGCCAGGGAGAGGGCUUUACCGACGGCGACUGCCAAGGAUUGCGCCGCCGCUGCCGCUGUAAAAAGCCUUGCUAGAUACUAUUAAUAUGGUUCCAUUGUCUUUUAAUUUACUUCGUAUGUACCACUCCUUUUGCUUGGUACCAAGUUAAGCUGGACAUACGAUGGGUAAAUAAAGGAUGCAAAAUCCCGGCCAGCAUUUUAAUUUCCUGAAUAAAUUAAAUAAAUAAAUAAAUAAAUAAAGAUUGUACUCCGUAUAAAUUAGACCAAACAUGGAGUGUGCGGUUACCUAAUUAAGCUUUUGUUAGGCUGGCUCCAUCUCAUGGUGUUUGGUUUGUUGUACGUCGUCGUCUUGAUAAACUAGACCAAAAUGUAUUCCUUGUUCUGUUAUGUUUCACUUUAUUAUUAUGUCAUCAAAAGUUUAUCUUCAUAUUCUGUUUUUUACUCUGGUUUGUUUGGUAAAAUUCUUUUAAAAAUGUACUAUCUCUUGUCUAAUUAUAUGUAUCUUAUCGGCUUAUAAGACGAGAUUGAAAGUUUUAAAAAUGGGGUGAUAACUCCGGUACCCUUUUAAAAAAUGGGGUACCGUACCUAUCAUUCAUUUGAUU